GGAAGUAAAGGGGAGUGAAGAGGAAGACACAUUUUGACAUGAAGAUGGUUGGAAGCUGGCUAUUUCUCCUCGUCUCUCUCCAAGGAUAUGAGGCUCCCUCCACCCCCAAUGUAAACUGCCUGAUCAUUAACCUGGAUUAUGUCAACUGCACCUGGAGUGAACAGGGGAGUCCAGAGGUCAACUACACCUUCUUCCACAAAAGGUCCAUUAAAGGUAAUAUGGAGGAGUGCACAACAUAUCUCCAGGAGAAGAGUUAUGCUGUGGGAUGUAGACUGUCCUAUGACAAGUCUGACAGGUAUAGAUCAAUGACAACCAAGCUGGUCCAUCAGAACAACAGUUAUGUGCAGGACCAUAACCUGAAAAGCAUGGUGAAGCUUUACCCUCCUGUCAACCUGUCAGUUGAGAUGAACAAAGACCCAGAGCUGAAUCUGUACUGGAACAACAGCAAGAACACCUUAUGCAUUGAGAGUGAAGUUCGCUACAGAAUAAACAGCGACAAGUGGAAGACAUCUACUCCAAGCACGGAACAAAAGUAUGCUGUGGCUUUCCCGUUAAAGAGCAGUCGGUAUGAGUUUCAAGUGAGAGCACGAGUAAACGACAUGUGUGGCGAGUCCAAGUUCUGGAGUGAAUGGAGUCAGCCUAUUCAAUGGGAUUCCAUGAAGGGAAAUAACAUCACAGACAUAUCUGGCAGCUCAAUGUCUGUGUGGAAGCCAGUAUUGUCAUUAGUGGGUACCAUGACACUCUUCAUAUUGGCCUGCAUGCUGGUCUACAGGGAAAGAGAACGACUGAGAUUCAUCCUCAUUCCCAUUGUGCCUAAUCCAGUAAAGAGCCUGAAGGACCUUCUUGACAAGGACACUGUAGAGGCCUGGCUUCACAUCUCCGAAGGUGUUUGCUUCCAGUCUAACUUCACUGAGCUUGCCUGUCCUGUUCGUGAGUACAGUCUGGUUCCCCAAACUGGCAGCGUCAGUGAAUCUGAGAGCAACUUCUCCAUCCUAACAGACCAGUCAGAUCUCCUGUCUAUGUGUUCCUCCUCAGCUUCCACUUUUCCUGCCACAAGUGAAAAUGAACAAGCUGGUAUUGAAUGAUAGUUCCAAAAGGUCUAAUAAUGCUUUAUAAUUUGUUUUACAAUACAAAACAUCCACAUAUAAACUACAACAUACAGACACACACAAAUAUCCACAACAUCACCCCUGCCCAGACAACACCUGUUCACACCCCCACCUCCUGCAUCACUCUCUGCCACAUGGCCUCAAACUGCACCAUUUUGUUUCUCUCUAUCACCCACGCACUUUCAACAUUCAGUUAAAGAAUUUGACCUUUCCAUUGUGUAAACGAUGGAGGAUUAGUUCAUUUCCAGUUUUUAGGUAAACAUUUUUUUUUAAGAUGAUUGACAAGAAAAGUAUUCUCCAACCCAUCUGGUAUCUCAUUGCAGUCUCAUACGCCAUGUCUGGAAAUAUGCACAGAGGGAUUAAAAGUACAUUUACAUUGCA